AAUAACGAUAACGACGAAAUUAACAGUGAUAGCAUUCUUGAAGAAUUCAAAUUAGCCCGUAGUAAAAAAGCAGCACAAAUUAGCAGCAAGAAGGAUGAUAAAGGCAAGGGCAAGGCAUGCGAAGACAGUUCUUUUUCUCCGCCGCCACCGCAGUCAUCACCCCAAACACGUCAAUAUAAUAAAUUUCUUCAGGAAGAAUACGACGAGUACUUGGCGCAUGCUAUUGCUGCGGCUGAACGCAAUACCACCGAAUUGUCAAUGUCGUCACUGACUGUAUUCGGAGGAAGCCAUGAUGAGAGUUCAGACGGCGCGUCAAGCUCGAAGAAACAAAUUGAAGAAAUACCGAAAUUUGAGUUAAUUCGAGAGUAUUUGAACAAGACAGAAUUUUGUGAUUUCGAAAUCAAUGAUUGCGAUAUAGAGAGUAUUCAGGAAACUAUGCCAAAAGAAACCGAGCAAGACGCGUCAGAGGUAAUUGAAACACCGUUACAACCAAAACCUUCAACAUCAUCAUCAACCAUACCAGAAGACGGAACCAGAGGAAAGCAAAAUAACAACGACAACAACAAGGAAUCAAAGAAAAGUCGAAAAAGAAAGAAUACCUUUGAUAUUCCAAUUUCAGACCGUUUACCACCUCGUCGUCGUAAAAAAAAAGUCACGAAUGUUGUUGAAUAUGGUGACGAACAGCUCUUACCUUCGAGUGAUGCUGACGAUUGCGAAGAUCAGAAAAAAAGAAAUUUGACAAAAAGAACGCCUAAAAAUAUACGACAAACUAAAAAACUGAAAGGAAAGAAAGGCAAAGAGAAAGCAUCUUCCGACAUGGAUAACGACGAGGGCGAUAAUAAAGAUGACGAAGAUGAGGAACAUAUGAAUGAUAUUCAAAAGGAGAUGUUAAGACACGAACGUGAACAAAGGCUGCGUUAUUUCCAAGAGGUAGAUAAUUAUGUUCUGCCAAUUGAAUAUGUGGAAGUUAUUCAUGAUGAGAAAGAGCACCAAGAGCAGCAAGAACAACUAUCCAUCGCGUCUGGCAGCAAUUCUUGA